CGACUUCUACAACAACUGUUUCUCUCCCUCUUCGACUAUGUAAGGAAGCCUAUGGUUGUGGCGCUGGACCCUCGCUCCGACUAACACUUCAACUAUAGUAAGCACUGCUGUCUGUCUUUUCUCUUCCUACUUCAUUCUUUCACAUUUCACAUUUUACUUCUCUCGGUGACCUUUGUCUAUAUCUCUUCAUUACCGCUGCCUCAUGUUUCUCUCUUUUUACUUGCUUUAAUGUUAUUUCCGUCACUCCUUUCAUCCUUCGACCACCAUUCGAUGACACUCGCGUGCACCUUCUACUUGUAUGCCUUGCUGCUCACUCCUAUUAUGGCAUGGCUUUAUGCUCCCUUCGGAAAUGGGCUAUGGCCGAUUAAUCAUGCUCAUGCCAGAGGUUCUCUCUUUUCUCCCACCUUCUUCUUACAACCUCACUUCACUUACAGUAAUCGGCUACUCGUGAUGAGUAAAGACCAUGGGCCAGAUCCUCCUCCAGAAGCCCGCGAGGCAACCGUUCCUGAAAGCUCGAGCCGACCCCGUAGUCGAGUCAAGCAGAUUAUUCAGAAAUUUGCGAAAGGCGUCACCAGGACACUUUCUAAACUCUACAAGCAUUUCCGCAGCCGCGUUCCUGGGACCCAGAAUGUGAACCUUCAAGAUACUUCGUCGAAUCAGAAUAUCGAGAACACGCCACAUGCGCUUCCUUCCACCGACGACAACCAUCCCACCGCAGCUGAAAAUCCCAGCAGCCAAGACACAUCCGGAGAACCCGCUUCGAAGAUUCUCGACAUCUCCUCUGGCGUCGAGGAAGCCCCUGGUCCCAAAUCAGUUGAUGCUGAACUUCAGGAUGCCCACGAGGCUUCAGAACACAUGAAAACAUUCGGGGAGCGUGCGCAGUCUGUGAUGUCCGCCGCCAGGAGCGCCCCAGCUGGUCUCGCUGUUGUAGAUGAUUUCCCGACCAAUUACCUCCGGCCCCUGAAAAUCUUCGACAGUGCCAUCGAGAAGAUCGCAAAGCUGCAUCCAUAUGCAAGGAUGGCGUUGGGCGUACUUUCUGCUGCAGCCAAAAUUAUUCUUGCUCAAGCGAAGCGGGACGAGUCAGUAGAUCGUCUUCUCCAGAAAUUAGAUGAAGUCUAUGGCUUCAUUACCGAAGACGACAAUCUUUCCAAGGUCGAAUCGAUGCAUGAUGUCAUCGGAAAGAUUGCUCAGCAGACUCUCGAGUGCGCCCGUUUCAUCAGGGAAUACUCAGAGACGAAGAGCUUCUGUGAGUCGUCGGACUAUUGCAUUCUCACACUGGCACGAAUCUUAUACUUACCAUGA